GAACCUUCCAGCCGUUACAGCUGCCGGCACCGCAGAAAACGGCGCGGAUUCUUACCGCCCCUCGUCUCCGCCGCCAUCGUAGCUUCUCAGUUCCGUCUCCAAGGGUCGCCAUGGAGCUUGAUCUCCCGCCACAACAGGUCCCGCAGCUCACAGACCUCGCCGCCGCCAUCCACCGCGCAGCGGCUGCCGCUACCGCGCUCUCCACGCCCUCUCCGUCCUCCCACGCCGCCGUCGUGGUGGCCGCCCUCCGCGACGCCCACGCCACCAUCGGCUCCUUCCUCUCCAGACUCGACGCGGCCGCCGCGUUGUCCUGCGACGAUCAGCCCAUGGCGGAGGGCGGCCAGGAGCCGGAGGAAGACGGGGAGGGGGAGCACAUGGUCGGGGAAGUGGAGGAGGGGCUCCGGGACUGCGUCCUGCAAGGGAGCAAGAGGCGGAAGCGGCCCGUGCCGCCGUCGUGGCCCCUAGGACGCCGCAAGAGCGGCGGUUGCGAGGCCUCAGAGGCUGCCGCCGCUCCGGUGCUGGACGUCGAGGGGCGGCGGCGCGGGGCCAUGAAUCUACUGCUACAGUUCCAUGCUUGGUGCGUAGGAGGAAUGGGUUUACAAGCGCCUGCCAAUCAUUGCUUGCUGCCAGGAACAAAGGUUUUCGACAAUGUUUGUGGGUCAUUCCGUUCUUCACAGAGAUGCAGCCAAUCAGACAGACAGUAGGCAACAUUAUCCCACAGUGCGGACGGUUGGGGAUUGGGCUGAAGAAAGUGAGAUGCCAUUUCAGCUGAAUCGUUUUCAUAGUGAGACUAGAUUUUUAGUAAGAUUUGACCAAUAAAGGGCCUGGUCAUCUUUCCUCAUUGCUCUCAGUUCCGUUGUACCUGUACUGUUUAUUCAGUAGUAGUACUUCUGAAUGGAGUGACAGCUGCUGGCUCAACUUGAUAUGUCAUUGCAAUUGGUUUUGCACAAUGA